CUAGCGUGCGGCGCUGGGCCGUGGUCGCCGCGCGGGGAGUUUGGAUCCUGCUUCGGCCCGCCCCGAACCUUCGUGAGAGGAUCAUGGCUACUAUUCCUCACAAUAAUCUACAGGAGCAACUGGAGCGUCACUCAGCCAGAAAACUUAAUAAUAAAUUAAGUCUUUCAAAACCAAAAUCUUCAGGUUUCACCUUUAAAAAGAAAACAUCUUCAGACAAUGAUGCAUCUGUAACUAGUGUGACAGUAGCAAAAACAUCUGUGUUAAGUGAUAAAGAUGUUAAUGUUACUGAGACUUUUUCCUUCAGUGAACCUCUUCCCUACCACACCACAGAUCAGCAGACAAGGAUCAGUGACUUCUCUAAAAAUGCUCCAGCAGGAGAGCAAACCAGGAGACUUGGUUCAAAACCAUUGUUGCCAGGUUCGUUGCCAAUUCCGCAGGAAGUUUUAUGUAUUUCCCAAAACACACCAGUUAUAAAGAAACCCUGUGAUGGCGCUUUCAAGAAGUUAGAAUUUAGUUCUUCACCAGAUUCUUUUAGUGCUAUCAGUGUUUGGGACGAUAUGGAUGACUUUGAUACUUCUGGGACUUCAAAAGCAUUUGUUACACCAUCCAAAAAUCACUUUGUAAGAGUAAGCACUGCUCAGAAAUCAAAAAAAGCUAAGAGAAACUUUUUAAAAGCACAGCUUCAUAAAACAAAUACAGUAAAGGCUGAUUUGACUCCUUCUUCCUCUGAAAGCAAGCAAGUAGAUUUGACUAAGGAACAGAAAGAUGACUCAGAAUGGUUCAGUAGUGACGUGAUUUGCAUUGAUGAUGGCCCCAUUUCCGAAGUGCUAAUAAAUGAAGAUACUCAGAAAAAUCACUCUUUGAAAACUCAUUUGGAAAAUGAACGAGAUAAUAAUGAAAAGAAGAAAAAUUUGGAAGGAGCUGAAUUGGAUUCAACUGAGAAAGUUCCACAUAUUGAACUUGAUGAUGAUUAUGAUAUAGAUUUUGUUCCACCUUCUCCAGAAGAAGAAAUUAUUUCUGCCACUUCUUCCUCUUUAAACUGCUUUAGUAUGCUAAAGGACCUUGACACCUCUGACAGAAAGAAGGAUGUUCUUAACACAUCAAAAGAUCUUUUAUCAAAACCUGAGAAAAUGACUACACAGGAGUCUAAUCCAGAAACCAGGACAGACUGUGAUGCUAGACAGAUAAGUUUACAGCAGCAGCUUAUUCACGUGAUGGACCACAUCUGUAAAUUAGUUGAUUCUAUUCCUGCUGAUGAGCUGAAAGCUUUGGAUUGUGGGAAUGAACUACUUCAGCAGCGGAACGUGAGAAAGAAACUCAUAGCUGAAGCAGAUUUUAAUAAAAACGAUGCCAGUCUUGGUUCAAUGUGGAGAUUCAUGCCUGAUUCACUUGGUAGCCGUGUGGAGGGCGAUUUCCUCCCUAUGGGGAAUUCUAUUAAAGAGUUAAAUUUUCCACACCUUCCCUCAAAUUCUGUUUCCACUGAUGAAUGUUUACUGACCACCACCCCAGGAAAGACAGGAUUCUCAGCAGCCUCGAAGAAUCUCUUUGAAAGACCGUUACUCAGUUCCCAUUUACAGAAGUCUUUUGUAAGUAGCAACUGGACUGAAACACCAAGGAUAGAAAAAAGAAAUGAAUGCUCUUAUUUCCCGGGAAAUGUUCUCACAAGCACUGCUGUGAAAGAUGAGAAUAAACACACUGCUUCAAUAAAUGACUUAGACGGAGAAAUCGAGGCUUCCUAUGAUAUUGAUAAUUUUGACAUAGAUGACUUUGAUGAUGAUGAUGACUGGGAAAAUAUAAUGAAUAAUUUAACAGUGAACAAAUCUUCUACAGCUGCCUAUCAACCUAUCAAGGAAGGUCGGCCAAUUAAAGCAGUAUCAGAAAGAAUUUCUUCAGCCAAGACAAACUGUCUUCCAGUGGCAUCUACUGCUCAGAAUAAAAACUUCUUACAGUCAAUUCAGAAUUACACUGACAAAUCGGCGCAAAAUCUAGCAUCCAGAAAUCUGAAACAUGAAUGUUUCCAAAGUCUGGAUUUUCCUCACACAAAAGAAAUGAUGAAGAUUUUUCAUAAAAAAUUUGGCCUGCAUAAUUUUAGAACUAAUCAGCUAGAGGCGAUCAAUGCUGCACUGCUUGGUGAAGAUUGUUUUAUCCUAAUGCCCACUGGAGGUGGGAAAAGUUUGUGUUACCAGCUACCCGCCUGUGUUUCCCCUGGAGUUACUGUUGUCAUUUCUCCCUUGAGAUCACUAAUAGUAGAUCAAGUCCAAAAGCUGACUUCCUUGGAUAUUCCAGCUACAUAUCUGACAGGUGAUAAGACUGACUCAGAAGCUACAAAUAUUUACCUCCAAUUAUCAAAAAAAGACCCAAUUAUAAAACUUCUGUAUGUUACUCCAGAGAAGGUCUGUGCAAGUAACAGGCUGAUUUCUACUCUGGAGAAUCUGUAUGAGAGGAAGCUCUUGGCACGUUUUGUUAUUGAUGAAGCACAUUGUGUCAGUCAGUGGGGACAUGAUUUUCGUCAAGAUUAUAAACGAAUGAAUAUGCUUCGCCAGAAGUUUCCUUCUGUUCCAGUGAUGGCUCUUACCGCCACAGCUAAUCCCAGGGUACAGAAGGACAUCCUCACUCAGCUGAAGAUUCUCAGACCUCAGGUGUUUAGCAUGAGCUUUAACAGACAUAAUCUGAAAUACUAUGUAUUACCGAAAAAGCCUAAAAAGGUGGCAUUUGAUUGCUUAGAAUGGAUCAGAAAGCAUCACCUAUAUGACUCAGGGAUAAUUUACUGCCUCUCCAGGCGAGAAUGUGACACAAUGGCUGACACAUUGCAGAAGGACGGUCUUGCUGCUCUUGCUUAUCAUGCUGGCCUCAGUGAUUCUGCCAGAGAUGAAGUACAGCACAAGUGGAUUAAUCAGGAUGGGUGCCAGGUUAUCUGUGCAACGAUUGCAUUUGGAAUGGGGAUUGACAAACCUGACGUGCGAUUUGUGAUUCAUGCGUCUCUCCCUAAAUCCGUGGAGGGUUACUACCAAGAAUCUGGCAGAGCUGGCAGAGAUGGAGAAAUAUCUCACUGCCUUCUUUUCUAUACCUAUCAUGAUGUGACCAGACUGAAGAGACUUAUUAUGAUGGAAAAAGAUGGAAACCAUCAUACAAGAGAGACUCACUUUAAUAAUUUGUAUAGCAUGGUACAUUAUUGUGAAAAUAUAACGGAAUGCAGGAGAAUACAGCUCUUGGCCUACUUUGGUGAAAAUGGAUUUAAUCCUGAUUUUUGUAAGAAAUACCCAGAUGUUUCUUGUGAUAAUUGCUGUAAAACAAAGGAUUAUAAAAUAAGAGAUGUGACUGAUGAUGUGAAAAAUAUUGUAAGAUUUGUUCAAGAACAUAGUUCAUCACAAGGAAUGGGAAAUAAGCAUGUAGGUCCUUCUGGAAGAUUUACUAUGAAUAUGCUGGUUGACAUUUUCUUGGGGAGUAAGAGUGCAAAGAUUCAGUCGGGUAUAUUUGGAAAGGGAUCUGCUUAUUCACGACACAAUGCUGAAAGACUUUUUAAAAAGCUGAUACUUGACAAGAUUUUGGAUGAAGACUUAUACAUUAAUGCCAAUGACCAAGCAAUCGCUUACGUGAUGCCUGGAAAUAAAGCCCGAACUGUACUAAAUGGGCAUUUGAAGGUAGACUUUAUGGAAACAGAAAAUUCUAGCAGUGUGAAAAAACAAAAAGCUUCAGUGACAAAAAUAUCUCAGAGGGAAGAGAUGGUUAAGAAAUGUCUUGGAGAACUUACAGAAGUCUGCAAAUCUCUGGGGAAAGUUUUUGGUGUCCAUUACUUCAAUAUUUUUAAUACUGUCACUCUCAAGAAGCUUGCAGAAUCUUUAUCUUCCGAUCCUGAGGUUUUGCUUCAAAUUGAUGGUGUGACUGAAGACAAACUGGAAAAAUAUGGUGCAGAAGUGAUUGCAGUAUUACAGAAAUACUCUGAGUGGACAUUGCCAGCCCAGGAUGAUUCCCCACGGUUAUCUGUGUCCAGCAACAGCGGCUCCAGAAGAAAUGCCCUUGAGGAGCUUGAUGAGGAAACACCCGUCUCUUCUCACUACUUUGCAGAUAAAACCAGAAAUGAAAGAAAGAGGAAAAAUAUGCCAGCCUCCCAAAGAUCUAAGAGGAGAAAAACUGGUGGUUCUAAGGCAAAGGGGGGUUCCACCACAUGCAGAAAAAUGUCUUCUAAAACUAAAUCCUCCAGCAUAAUUGGAUCCAGUUCCUCCUUCAGUGAUUCUCAAGCAAUACCAGGAGCCAGUAGAAGAUUGGGGAUUAUGGCUCCACCAAAGCCUAUAAAUAGACCGUUUCUUAAGCCUUCGUAUGCAUUUUCAUAACAACCAGAUCUCAGCAUACACAGAUCUUUCCUUCUUGUCAGCAUCUGACCAUCUGUGAAUGUAAAGCUGUUAGUCUUGCUAUACCCCUUGAAAUUUUUACUUGUAUCUAUUAAUAUUUAAAUAAAUGC